GACGUAUUGUUGCGCAUUAUCCUUCUACCAAGUACUAAACGUCUGGGAACGGCGAAAUGGAAUUACCUCAACAAAUUCAGUUCAAGAAAACUGCCCACCAUGCAAGAAUCUGCCACUCUUUCCCAUCAAAGUAGUUUUCAAUGUUACCCUAUGCUGUAUUUCCCUCAAUACUCCCCCUUUUCCAAUCCAGCGUUCAGCUCAGCAUCCAAAAUAUACCCAAUCAUCCCGCCAAGCCCCACGUGCCCAUCUCCUCCUCUCCACUGGCUCGCCGCAACAUCCCAUUUUCCCCCAGCGCACUUCCGCUCAGACAGAGAGCCCAGACGGUAAACCGGCACAGAUUCUCACCACACCACACCCAGAACACUUCACCAAGCUCUUCCUCACUCUACGCCACAUUGCACCAAGCAUCCUGUGCGAACUCUUCGUCUUCCUGCUGCCUAGACGGGCCAUGAAGUAGCCAAGUGAGAAAGAAGACUUUCUGUAGUAUCUGGAGCGGGUAGGGCUGUUUAAUGCACCCUAGACCCCGAUCCUGAUC